CGUGUGUACAAUAUUGCUUAACUGUGUCUUAGCGAAGUAAGAGAAAACAUGGACUGACGGACGUGGGUUGUUGAAGUGAAUUAUUGCACAGUUCGCUAAACAAGUCAGUUUGUUCGGUACUUGUACAUCCCUGCAGUUGUGGGUCUUUUUUGGCGCUUUUGUUUGUUACUUAGAGGGGGGCUCGGUAACACACUAACUCCUCUCCUAAUCCUAAUUCCAGUUUGCAUUUUCACUGGGUAUGCCGUAUGGUGGAGGCUCGUAUUUAAAAACAAAUAAUACACUAGGCCCCCGGUAGUUGUGUUUAAAUCAAUGCGGCGUGGCUGUGCUCGUGACACGUUCCUCUCGCCGCGUGCGUCUCCUCUCUUAUUUUAUCUUUUUGCUGCACAUUGACGAAUUCGCACGUGAUAUUUGUGGUGUUGCGAGUAGUUCGGAGAGAAAUGUGUCCGUCGCUCCCAGCCGCGCGGGAGGAGGGGCGGCGUCGUCCGCGUGCUCUACACCCCUCUCGCUCCCUCCUCCACUUCCCCCUCCCUCCCCGUGACGUGUACUGGACCGGGGCGCUCGCGACACUCCCCUUUAACGUUUAAAAGGGUUUCUCUUGAAGACUUUCUUCGCUUUCGGUAAAACGGCGCUACGGUACUAAAAGUGAGGCAUCUUUAGCGGUUAAGGACACGGACUUGUGAACGAGAUUGUUGGUCUCAGUCCCGGAUGCUCCAUUCGAUCAGCUGUCUAUCCUCUCACGGUGGAUGGUGAAGCCCAGCAAGGCGUGUGCACUUCAGUACGAUAGAGCUACAGGCCGGAUAUGGCGACAGUGCUGCCAAAGACUCGACUGGGGAAGCGCUCUCCGAUGGGAGCGCUGGUGAUGGCCCCCUGUCCCACCACGGAUGUGCUGUUAGAUGCUCGGGCCCACGGCCCUGAGGUGGAUGAGGUGUGUGCAGGUCCUGGGGUCCAGGCUGGAUUCCAGCCUUGCAGCCGGGUCAAGCUUUACCCAGGGCAAAAGGUGUAUCUGAGCGCCGGCGGACGGGAGGUUGCUGGAGUUGUGGAGCAGCACAACCAUGUGGACAAUGAGGUGUCUGUUUUCCUGCCGCUGCUGGAGCAGCACGUCCUGCGCAAGCUGGAGGACGUGUGGACUACACCCACAGCCGCCCACACCCUGGCCCCCAGCCUGUCCCGCGCAGUGUCUUCCAGCAUCGACGUGCCAAAAAGCUACAAGAGCCCUGAGUCAGUGGAGAUGGAUGAGAUGAUGGCCGCCAUGGUACUGACCAGCUUGUCAUGCAGUCCGGUGGUUCAGAGCCCCACUCCACGGGAACUGGCCCCAGCCUCGUGUGGGAUGGAGAGCGCUGGGGGGGAGCUCUCGGACAGCGGCAGCAGUGGUUGCUGGAGCUGGGAUCGAGGGAACAGUAGCCCCGCUCCUUCCCCGCCCAUUGCCGAGGCAGAUGGUGGCCACGCCCCUUCCGCCGAUGAGGGCUUGGAUAUGGAGCUGGACCAGGUGCUGUUCGAUGAGCCAGCUCCCCGGAAGCGGAAAAAUUCAGUCAAGGUGGGCUAUCGGUGUUUGUGGCCCAGCUGUGGCAAGGUGCUCACCUCUGUGGUUGGCAUCAAAAGGCACAUUCGCACCCUGCACUUAGGACAGAGCAGCGAACCCGAGCGCUCCCGGAGAGAGGAGGAUUUCUACUACUCUGAGAUCCACCGGCAGGUGGAUCCCACUCCUCCAGUGGUCUUGCCCUCGGCCCCCUCGUCCUCCUGUGUCUCUCCCUCCAGCCCUGUGCAGCCCUGCAUCCUGGACACCUCUGGUGCCGCGGCGCCGCAGGUGGGCCUUCUCAGCCAAUCGGCCCCCAGCUGCUUCUGGCAGGUUCGAUCUGAGCACUCCUACCAGGCCUGCCCUCCUGUCCAGGUAAUGGCGGCUCCUGUCCCAUCGAGCUCCUGCCACUGGACCCCUCCAGUUGCCGUCCUCCACACAACACAGGCCACACCCUUCCGCAGCCGCUCUGUCAGUGUGGGUGAGCAGUGGCUGCAGCAACACAGCGCCCCGAUCAGGCCACAUGUGACGAGCGCGUCCCCUCCUCGUGGGCACUGUGCCUCCAGGAAAACGCGAGGUGAAGCCAAGAAGUGCCGGAAGGUGUAUGGGAUUGAGCACCGGGACCAGUGGUGCACUGCCUGCCGCUGGAAGAAGGCCUGUCAGCGCUUCCUGGACUGAACAAUUGAAGUCGAGUGGACCGACAGCAGCACCUCUGAGACUAAAGACUGACAUGAGGCUUGGAAUGACCAUGUUUGGGGGUUUUUUUUCUUUUUAUACUUUUUGUACUUUUAAUUACUUUGCUGAAGUGGGUAAUCUUUCAUAUAUGGACCUGAGAUGUUUUGUACAGUGCCGGCAGUCCCUCUGUCUACUUGGUGUCUUCCUGCCCCCCACUGCCACAAACCGCCCAGGUUUUGAUGUCUGGGAGCGGUGCUCUGUGUGUCACCAUGAGCACUUUGUAGGUAUCGAGCCAAACUUGUGCAGGCAGCAUCCGGCAAUGCCAUGUGCAUAAAGUGACAUGAGUGUUUCCUUAACCAAACACUGACUCUCAUUUUUACCAGGGGCUUACAUGUUAAAAACAUAGAAGAGCCCAAAGAUCUAAAAAAGAACUACAGGUACAGAGAGAGGACUGGAUAAACAUCAAAACUGCACUUGAUCGUCUUUGUAUUCAUUUAGCCAUUUUACUUGUACUGGUUUCUAACUUUGUUUGUUGUAUUUGGAUGUAAAAGAGAUGCAGAUUUGUGAGUGCAAAAUCUUUUUUUUUUUUUUUUUUUUUUUAUAUCCUUCCCAGUUUUCCAAAUCACUCAGUGAUUUUGUGGGUUGAUUGUUAAAUGAUCGUGGCAGCAGAAGUCAAAGACAGUAUUUCUUAGAUCAAGCUGGUGCAGAAGUCACUCCAGUCUUCCUCCCAGUAUUACAGCUUUAUCAUAAUUUGAAAGAAAUGGGGAAAAAUUUUUGGAAAACUUCUCAGAAGUUAACUUCAUAGGCAGUUUCAAGCUUCUAAUGAAAAAUUUAGAACCUUCAGAAAAGUUCUCAUGAGUAACUUUUAAGUUAAACCUUAAAUGUAGCGUGAAUAUCAGAAAAGGGUAAGUGACACUUGCUCAUCACAAUGUUUUGGUAAGUUAUAAGUAAAUAAGUAGUUCUAUGGUGCUAAAAAGUCAUCUCUAUAGUCAACGAACGGGGUCCUGAAUGACUCGCUAAUUAACUCUGACAUGUUGAUGUAAAACAUGAGACGGACUAUAUUAAUUUCUUCGGCCUGAAACGGCAUAUCUGGUGAAUUGCUGACCGAUCGGCUCUAGUGUCUAGUUUUCUCUUGGGUUUUUUCUUUUCUUUUCUCUGUGAUUGAGAUUGGUAGUUUGCUGACUUUAAGUCAAAGUCAAGCCCAUGGCGUUAGCUGCUCCACACGAACAUCCGUAUGAAGAA